AUGCGUUUCAUCCAUCGAUCACAGGCGAACGAGCGGAAGGGAACGUUCAAGGUGGAAUACCUGCAAAAAAUUGAACGAGAAAUUCAGGACCGCUGGCAACGGGACAAAGUGUACGAUGUGGACGCACCGAAGGAACCGCGCAAGCAGAACGAUGAAAAAUUCCUGGUCACCUUCCCGUACCCGUACAUGAACGGGCGGCUCCAUCUGGGGCAUGCGUUUUCGCUAUCGAAGGCAGAAUUUGCCGUGCGUUACCACCGGCUCAAGGGAAAGAAGGUGCUGUUUCCGCUCGGAUUCCACUGCACUGGCAUGCCGAUUAAAGCGUGCGCCGAUAAGCUAAAGCGCGAGAUCGAGCUGUACGGAUGUCCACCGGUAUUUCCGAAAGAGGAAUUAAUAGUGGUGGAAAAACCCGACGAGCACGAUGUCGUACCAAAAGAUAAGAGCAAAGGCAAGAAGAGCAAGGCGACGGCAAAGGCCGGUACGGCGAAGUUUCAGUGGCAGAUCAUGCAAAGUCUGGGCCUGGGUGAUGAUGAAAUCGCCAAAUUUGCCCACACUGACCACUGGCUGGAGUAUUUCCCUCCAUUGGCGAUACGCGAUUUGAAGGAACUGGGCGCACACAUCGACUGGCGUCGUACCUUCAUCACGACGGAUGCGAACCCAUUCUACGAUUCCUUCGUACGCUGGCAGUUCAAUCAUUUGAAGGCCCGUGGAAAGAUUAUGUACGGCAAGCGCCACACGAUCUACUCCCCAAAGGACGGCCAACCAUGUAUGGACCACGAUCGUUCGUCCGGUGAGGGCGUUGGUCCGCAGGAAUACACUCUGAUCAAGAUGAAGGUGACGGGUGUGAUCCCCGGGAAGCUUGCGCAGGUUGCUGGAAAGCGACCGGUUUAUCUGGUGUGUGGCACUCUGCGCCCGGAAACCAUGUACGGUCAGACGAACUGCUGGGUGCAUCCGGACAUCAAGUACAUCGCGUUCGAGACGGCAAAGCACGAGGUGUGGGUUUGUACGCGUCGUGCAGCACGAAACAUGGCCUAUCAGGGCUUCACUACGGUCGAGGGCGAACUGAAUGUCCUCGGUGAGCUCGUUGGGCAGGACAUCAUGGGUCUACAGCUGUCCGCUCCACUCACCUCGAACAAAACCAUCUACACACUGCCCAUGCUGUCGAUCAAGGAGGACAAAGGCACGGGCAUCGUGACAUCCGUACCGUCCGAUUCACCGGACGAUUACGCCGCACUGGUCGACCUGCAGAAGAAGCAACCGUUCCGGGAGAAGUACGGCAUCACGGACGAGAUGGUGCUGCCCUUCCAACCGAUCCCGAUCAUCGACGUGCCUGGGCUCGGAAACCUGUGCGCCGUGUACGCGUACGAUAAGUUCAAGAUUCAGAGCCAAAACGAUCGCGAAAAGCUCGCCGAAGCCAAAGAGCUGGUCUAUCUGAAGGGUUUCUACGACGGCGUGAUGCUGGUAGGCGCCCACAAGGGCAAAAAGGUACAGGACGUAAAGAAGGACCUCAAGCAGUACCUCAUCGAUCGGAACGAGGCGGAUGUGUACUACGAGCCGGAGAAAACGAUCAUGUCCCGAUCGGGGGAUGUAUGCGUGGUGGCCCUUUGCAAUCAGUGGUAUCUGAAUUACGGCGAGGAGAGCUGGCAAAAGCGAACGACCGAGCAUCUGCACACGAUGGAGCUGUUUCACGAGGAAGUUUCGCGUAAUUUCGAGCACUGUCUCGAUUGGUUGCACGAGUACGCCUGCUCGCGUACGUACGGACUGGGUACGAAGCUGCCCUGGGACCAGCAGUGGCUCAUCGAAUCGCUUUCCGAUUCCACCAUCUACAUGGCGUUCUACUCCGUCGCACAUCUGUUGCAGGCUGGCUCGUUCCGAGGUGAAAAACCAAGCCCACUCGGUAUCACUGCCGUGGACAUGACACCGGAAGUGUGGGACUACAUUUUCUUCGCCGACUCGAAACCUCCCGCAAAGAGCCGGGUCAAGCGGGAAGCACUCGAUCAGCUGAAGCGCGAAUUCAACUACUGGUAUCCGGUUGAUUUGCGAGUGUCCGGUAAGGAUCUGAUCCAGAACCAUCUCACUUUCUUCCUGUACAAUCACGUAGCGAUCUGGCCGAAAGAACCCGCGAUGUGGCCAAGAGGUGUACGCUGCAACGGUCACCUGUUGCUGAACUCCGCGAAAAUGUCCAAAUCGGACGGUAAUUUCCUCACGCUAUACGAAUCGAUCGGCAAGUUUAGUGCGGACGGAACGCGCCUGUGUCUUGCCGACGCCGGAGACAGCAUCGAGGAUGCGAACUUUGUCGUGACCAACGCGGACGCAGGUAUCCUCCGUUUGUACACCUUCAUCGAGUGGGUGAAGGAAACGCUCGCCUCCAAACCGCUGCUGCGAAAGGGACCACAAGACGCGAGCUUCAACGAUCAGGUGUUCCUGAGCGAGAUGAACCUGCUGACGAAGCAGACGGACGAGUACUACGGCAAGAUGCUGUUCAAGGAGGCCCUACGGACGGGUUUCUUCGAGUUUCAGUCGGCGCGUGAUAAAUACCGCGAGCUGUGCGGGUCGAACGGCAUGCACGCGAAUCUCGUGAUGGAAUUCAUCCGCCGGCAGGCAUUGCUGAUUGCACCGAUCUGUCCCCACGUGGCGGAACACAUUUGGUGCGAUCUGCUCGGCAAUAAAGCGUCCAUUUUGCACGCUUCUUGGCCCACGGUUGGUGCGAUCGACGAGCGAAAGAUCAAGUGUUCCGCCUACCUGAUGGAAGCGGCCCAUUCGUUCCGUUUGGCGCUGAAAAACGCCACCCAGCAGAAAGCGGGCGCGAAAGCGGGUGGCACAGGGAAAAGCCAACAACCUCCGGCCGCGAAACCCAGCGACGGCACCAUCUGGGUGGCGAAAACGUUCCCACCGUGGCAGUCGUGUGUGCUGGACACGAUGCGUGAGCUGUUCGAAAGGGAAGGUAAAGGUACGUUGCCCGAUAACAAGAUCAUUGCAACGGAGCUCGGCAAGAAGGAGCUGCUGAAGAAGUACAUGAAGCGGGUGAUGCCUUUCGCACAAAUGAUCCGUGAGCGGGUGGAGGCUGUCGGUGGACCGGGCAAGCAAGCGAUGGACGUGACGCUGGACUUCGACGAGCGAGAAGUGCUGGGAAUGAAUGCGGAUUAUCUGCGGAAUACGCUCGAGCUGGAUACGCUCACGUUUCAGUACACGGAUCAGCCGGAUACGCCGGAGAAAAUGCGCGAAGAGGUCCGUCCCGGGGUGCCGUUUAUCGUGUUUACGGUGAAACCGUUCGUCACGGUAACGCUCGAGAAUCCGGUCGAACGGUCGGGGCUGUUUACGGUGACGACGAAUCUGUCCGAUGGCGACACGAGCAAGACGUUGAAGGAGAAGCUUGCCAAACAAAUCGGAUUCAAGGCCGAUAUGUCCGCGCUGGAAAUCAUGCGGUACGAAGAUCCUGUGCUUGGCCCGCGAAGUCUUCCCGCGUUCCAGGAUUAUCGCGCGGGCAAGGUUACGAUCGAGGAGGGACAAUUUACGGUGGAUAUGGAUAAGAAACAGGUGCUGCUUAGCAACGGUGCCUUCAAAGACUUGAACAUUGGCACGAAUUUUAUCUACAUCAUCAACUGAGGCGAGCCCGUUCGUUAAAUUAUAUUGAAUUAAUGCUGAAAUAAACGAUAUGAAUUC